AUGCUCGCCCUUGACUGGUGCUAUGAAAAACGGGCCCAGGAUGAGAGUCCCAGCUCUGACUGGCGUUCACCACACAAGCUCCUGCGUGGGCCGGACCGCGCUCCGGAGUCCGCUCUGCGGGCCCUGAGGCCGAGGAGCUCUGUCGCCUCUGCGUUGUGCCCUACUUAUCGCGAUUUGAUUCUGCUCAGGAGCCUCCGGGCAAUAUUUUUAGCCCUUGGAGAAUGGGUCCAGGCCAAGGUGGGUGGAGCUGGGGAGAGAGCUGGAUCACAGAGGGCAGGCACCUGCCGCCAGGUCUCCCUCCCGACCCGUCCCGACUCCGUCGGCCCCCGGGACAGCAGAGACAGGAGCCCGGUUCGGGCCUCAGGCCGCCUCCCGCCCCCGCCUCCUCCCGGAGCCUCUGACGCCGCAGCGCCGCUCACCCUCCCCCGGCGCACCCGGCCCGUUACCGUCAGCGCCCGGCCUCCGCGCGGCUCCGGGCCCGGUCGGCCGACCUGCCGGCCCUCACAUGCCAGGGGGCAGCGGCCCGCGCGCAGGCAGCGACGCAGGCGAAGGCGGGUGCCCGCCCACCCGUCGCCCCCGGUUCCGCGCGCCGCAGCCGCUCUCCCGCUGGGCCCAGGGCCGCCGGCGCGCUCCGCUGCGCCCGCCCCGCGCGGGUCCGCCAGCCCCUCAGGCCGCCGGGCCCACCAGCACGCGGGGCGGGGACAGCCGCGCCGCCCACCCGGUCUGCGUACGCCCUGCGGAGCCGACAGGAGAUCCGGCCGCCGCGGUCCCCGCCCGGCGCCUCGCGGGCCCGCUCCGCGGAACCGCAGUGCGCAGGCGCAGCAGCCCGGGCCGGGUCCCGGAGCGCGGCGGAACCUCAGAAGGGCGCGCAACUGGAUGUUUUCGUAAUCCUACUUGAGGCGGCACCUCGUCCCGCAGCGGCCGAAGCGCCCGCCUCCGGCUCGGCAGCCAACGGCGGGAGAUGGAGUUUUGCCAUGUUGCUCAGGCUGGUCUCAAACUAGGAUCAAGCAAUCCACAUGCCUUGGCUUCCUGAAGUGCUGGGAUUACAGGCAUGAGCCACCACACCCAACCUAUUUACUAUUUUUAGAGAUGAGGUCUCACUAUGUUGCCCAGGCUGGACUUGAACCUCCUUGCACAACUGGUCCUCCCACCUCAGCCUCCCAAGUAGCUGGGACUACAGGUGUGUAUCAGCACACCUGGCUUCACCCACACUUUUAUCUCCAAUAAAAUGCUGCAUCUCUAAACCCAGCACCUUCCUUGAAGCUCUGAUCCUCUUCUUGUAAUCCUAUUUCAAGGAACGACACCGCCAUCUGGCCACAGCCUGAAUAUCGUCCUGAUCUCUCUGCCUCCUUCCCCAUGUCUCACAUGCAGCCGCUACCAAGUCAUGUCAGCUCUGCCCCAUGCAUAUUGCUGUCCUCUUCCCCACAGCCACCACACCAGCCCUUAUACCUUCUGAGACCUGCCCUCCAGAGGAGCGCACAUGCCAGGAGCAUUCAGUGGGCACAAGUACUUUUAUUGCUUCCGCCCGGGAGAGGAAGCCCUGGUGGGAGCAGGGACACAGAAAAACACGGAGCUGCACCCUCCCGGCAGUGUGGAUGCUGGGGGCAGGAGUCCAGGACUGAAGAGCUGUCCGCGUGGGAGCUGGAAUCACUGAGGUGGUACACCUUGGCCUGCAGAGGCCACCGGCUGGAGAAGGGGGUCCCAGCCUUACCGAUGCCGCUUUCGGAUGCUCUGCAGCUCCUGGUAGAUGGUGCUGAAGUUGGGCCGCUGCCCAGGCUCAUAGGCCCAGCACUGCUCCAUGAGCCUGAACACAGCAUCAGGACACAGCUCUGGGCAGGGCAGUCGUCCCCCUGUGAGGAGAGGCACCGCACACCGGGCAUGAGGAGGGAGUCUGAGGGCCCUUGGCAGACUCUGGGGCACACCAUGAGCCACAGGAGCUGCUUAAGAUGCAUUGUUCCGAAGCACGCACUGUUCUCCACCAAGAGCCCAAAGGACACAGGCCUGGCUUCUGACCCCAGUCCCACCACAUGCUGCUGUGGGACCUCUGCCAGCCUGUUUUUCCUUCUGAGAGAGGGACAUAUUAAGCCCCACCACACAUGCUGUGAUAAGCAAAUGAAAUAACGUACGCCUAGCACAGAGCAGGUGCUCACUUGGUAGGAGCUACAGGGUUACUCUUUUUUUUUUUUGAGAUGGAGUCUCGCGCUCUCACCCAGGCUGGAGUGCAGUGGUGCGAUCUCAACUCACUGCAACCUCCACCUCCCAGGUUCAAGCUAUUCUUGUGCCUCAGCCUCCCAAGUAGCUGGUGCCCACUACCACACCUGGCUAAUUUUUUGUAUUUUUAGCAGAGACAGAGUUUUGCCAUGUUGGCCAGGCUGGUCUCAAACUCCUAGACUCAAGUGUUCCACCCUCCUCAGCCUCCCAAAGUGUUGAAAUUACAGAUGUGAGCUGCCACACUGG